GGGUGGCAGAGUCCUGCGCCUUUCGGGGCCAUGGGCUGCUGUCAGGACAAGGACCAUCAGACCUCUGAUGAACAAGCAAGGGAAGAAGGGAACGAGGAAGGUAGGGAAAGUAGGACUAGACUCAAAAAAGGGUCCAGGGAGUGGGAGCGGGAGAGGGAAAGCAGAACUAAACUAAGUGGCCUCCUGGCCCUUGCAGGCAAUGAAGUCGAUUUGGACAACACAGGCCGCCUCAAACAAAGAUCUAACGAAAGUCUUCUGAUCACCGUGCUGUGGCGCAGGCUAUCCAUGUUCAGCCGUCGGGGGUCAUCACGGUCAGCCAAGAGGUUCUCAGAACAGACUCAAAAGCAGGACAGUGAGAUCCGGGAGCGCAAACGUGAGGGAAGCCACAAGGAACCAGAAAAGGGCUGACUCCAGCCCCGUUCUCGUCCUCCCCAGCAUCCAGAGAAUAAAAUUAAUAUUGUGGAUCUGCCAAUAACA